AUGAUUUCUGUUACAUCUAGAUGUUCCUCUGUACAUCAUUUGUACCGUCAUGCUUACACCAUACAACAAAGAACUUAUGUUACGCAGUUGAUGUCUACUGUUCGUACAUAUUUUCUUCCAAAGUUUAGAUUCACCGAGGAAGAACCAAGCUCUUUAGAAGAAGCCCCUUCUGCAUACAUCCAAUAUCCACUAGUGACAAAAGAUCAACUCAAAAGAAUUACCACAAACGAUCGAUUCAAACUUGAUUAUUCAUAUGCUUCAUUUGCGCACCAUUCUUCCAGAAGUGAUCCAACCAUUCAUUCAUUGUCGGACUUGACUGAUCCAGCACAACUUAACUCUUUGCUUCCAAGAAGAAGACCACAUGGCUCACCAGCCGAUACUCUUUCUAUCAAGGCUGGAGAUGAUGCUAUGCUUGUGUCUCCCACUGUGAUGGCCAUCGCAGAUGGUGUUUCUGGGUGGGAAUCGAAAAGUAACCACAGUUCUUCCGGUAUCUGGUCAAGAUCUAUGGUGGAAACUCUCUCUCGUCUAAUGACCGAAUACAAGCUUACACACACUCCACAUCAUCUCAAUAAGCGAGACAUUGAUCAAAUUUUGGAUGACUCUUUUCUUCAUACAUCCCAUCUUAUGGAUUUACAGAAAUUAGGUGGAUCAUCUACAUUAGUUUUGGCCAUGCUUUCUGGUGAAUAUCUUAAGAUGAUAAGUAUUGGUGACUCAAAAAUGUAUAUUAUUAGAGAUGGAGAUAUUAUAAAGACAAAUGAAGAACAAAUGACUUCCACUUUGUGUCCUCUACAAAUUGGAACUCAAACUCUUCUGCAGCUUCCGCUGGAAAUGGCAUGGGUAGACUCUGUCAAGUUGGAAGAAAAUGAUAUCAUUGUAAUGUGUUCGGAUGGAAUUUCCGAUAAUUUAUAUGAAUGGGAAAUUGUCCACUACAUUGAUGAACUGCUUCAACUGAAUGAUAACUUAAAGAAGGCAGCCAAUUCCCUUUUGAGAAAAGCCAAAGAAAUUGCAUUUGAUGACUAUGCCAGUACACCUUAUAAUGAUAAGCUUAGUGCUGCUUCGCUUGACAAUAGAAAUUCAGGUGGUAAGCUUGAUGACAUGUCUUUAUGCAUUGCACGAGUGUGUCUUAAGAAUAAUAAUAAUACAAAAAAGAAGGAGAACUAA